AUGGUUCAUCUCGCUGGGAAGGUUUGCAUAGUUACAGGUGCCACGCGGGGGAUUGGGAGAGGAAUCGCAUUGCAACUGGCUGAGAGUGGCGCAAAAGUUUAUAUCACUGGAAGGACUUUAGAGCCGCGAAAAGGGUCUAGCCUCGGUGGUUCGCUACGGGAAACGGCAAGUGAGGCUGAGGCAAGAGGAGGCACAUGUGUCCCCAUACAGUGCGAUCAUACUAGCGAAAAGGAUGUGGAGCGGUUGUUUGAGAUUGUGAAAAAUGAGAAUGAUGGACAACUAGAUAUUUUAGUCAACAAUGCCUACGCGGCAAUCAACGCAAUAUUUUCUUCGUUGGGGACCUCGUUCUAUGAAUUCCCACCCACUCUAUGGGAUGAUACCAACAAUGUUGGUCUACGGAACCACUACAUCUGCUCUGUCUAUGCAGCUCGUUUGAUGGUUCCCAGGAAGAAAGGCCUGAUAGUCAAUGUCUCCUCGGUUGGGGGUCUGCAAUACCUUUUCAAUGUUCCAUACGGAAUUGGGAAGGAUGCGUGUGACCGCAUGGCUGCGGACUGUGGAGCAGAACUGCGCAAACACAAUGUGGCUUUCGUGAGUCUUUGGCCAGGACCUGUAGCCACAGAGAAUGUCAUCGAUACGAUCCAAACCAAUAUUGAAAGCGGACGAAAUGACGAUCGCGAAGUACCGAAAGGAUAUGCAGACAAAGAUAUGCUGCCAACCUUCAAAAUAUGCGAAACUACUGAGUUUGCAGGGAAAUGCAUUGCGGGACUAGGCAGUGAUCCUAAUAUAAUGGCAAUGAGCGGCAAGGUAGUGACGACUUUCGACCUUGGCCGUAAGUACAAGCUGCAGGAUGCACAUGGACACGUGCCGAUCGACAUGUGCUCACUAAAAUUCGCUCUCCAACAUUCAGGGCACACUUGGCUGGCUUCAAUAACACCAAGUUUCAUACAGGUUCCAAAAUGGCUAAUGUGGUUAAGUGCAAAUAGGUUUUAUUAA